AUGGCCACAGUCACUUCUUCACAAGUCCCAUUGCUGUUCUUUGCCAGGAUCUCUGGGCUUCUAGUUGCAGUGCUGGUCCUUUUUUGGGCUUUGUCCUUCAAGUCCAGCUUCCUUCCUCGUCACUCUUCCUCCCAAGAAGACCAGGGCCUCAUCUAUGCAGCUCUUCAUCCUCUGUUCAUGGUCAUUGGCUUUAUUCUCAUUAGCGGAGAAGCGAUUCUGGUUCAUAGGUGGUUGCCUGGUUCAAGGAGUUUGAAGAAAUCAGUGCAUUUGUGUCUUCAAGGCGUGGCCUUGGCUUCUGGGAUCUUCGGGAUUUGGACAAGGUUUCAAGGGAAAGAUGGCAUUGUGGCUAAUUUCUAUAGUCUGCAUUCUUGGAUGGGUUUGAUCUGCAUCCUCUUGUUUGGAGCUCAGUGGUUGAUGGGUUUCCUGAGCUUCUGGCAUCGAGGGGAAGUGCGCACAGUGAGGCUAAGGCUGUUGCCUUGGCACAUAUUCCUCGGACUCUACACUUAUGGUUUGGCCGUGGCCACAGCAGAAACAGGGCUUUUGGAGAAGUUGACAUUCUUGCAAACACAGAGGAAUGUGUCUAAACACAGUGCAGAGUCCAUGGUUGUAAAUAGUUUAGGUCUGGGCCUGGCAUUGGUCAGCGGCAUUGUAAUAUUGGCUGCAGUUUCACCCAAGAAAGUUGGUUCCUUCAUCAAACAGAUGCCGCUGCCACCUCUCAGUCUCCCACCCUACUAA